AUGAGUACGAUAGCGUUAAAAAUAUUGUUAUUAAAUUUUAUAAUAGGAUUUGUUUUUACUUUUGCUCUACCAUUCGAAGGAUUGUACGAACUGGAUAUUAUACAUUAUAAUGAUUUUCACGCAAGGUUUGAAGAAACGUCUGUGCAGACUCCAACGUGUCGAUACAACAAUGCUUCCUGUCUAGGAGGAUUUCCUAGACUAUAUAAGAAAAUUGAGGACUUACGUAAGGAGAAGCCAGAUUCCAUACUUUUGAAUGCAGGCGAUAGUUUUCAAGGCACAUAUUGGUAUUCGCUUCUUAAAUGGAACGUUACACAAGAAUUCAUGAAUCUAUUACCGCAUGAUGCUCACGCUAUCGGAAACCAUGAAUUUGACGACGGCCCACAAGGCCUGGCGCCCUACCUCAGAGCUUUAAAGGCACCAGUUCUAGCUGCGAAUAUGGACACGAGUAAAGAGCCAAUAUUAAAUGGGCUAUACAGAUCUCACGUGAUAAUUGAACGGAAGAAAAGGAGGAUCGGUCUAAUUGGACUCAUUACUACUGAUACUAAAAUCUUAUCAUCGUCUGGCAAUGUCGAGUUUACUGAUCCGCGCGAGGCGUUACGGAGAGAAGCUAAAUUGUUAAAUGAAAAAGGUGUUGACAUCAUCAUUGUUUUGUCUCACUGUGGCCUUGACGUUGAUAAGGAAUUGGCUCGGGACUACGGUAAAUAUGUAGAUAUAAUAGUCGGCGGCCAUACUCACUCUCUGCUAUGGAAUGGACCGGCACCAAGCGGUGAAAGUGUCGCAGGACCCUAUCCGGUCUUUGUGCAACCCACUGCUAAUAAAAAUCAUAAAGUCUUGAUAGUCCAAGCCUCAGCAUUCACUAAGUAUAUGGGCAACCUAAUUGUGUACUUCGACUACCGCGGUGACUUCGUCAAAUGGGAAGGCGGACCGAUAUUCUUAAACAGAUCUUUGCCUGAAGAUGAAGACAUCAAAGCUCGUCUCGCGCCUUACACUGAGAUGGUCCAUAAAGCUGAACAAGUACCUAUAGGAGAGACUGUAACAACAUUGAAUUUUGAAGACUGCAUGUACGGAGAAUGCGCACUUGGUGAUCUAUUGGUAGAUGGGAUGACUGAAUUUGGAAAAUCUCAACACCCCGAGCUUCACUACAUAUCGCUUAUCCAGCGCGGUAAUAUAAAAUCAAGUAUACUAAGCGGAACAAUAACUAAAGGCACUUUAUUCGAGCUCCUACCGUUUAACGAUCGCAUCCAAAGUUUUGAAAUGCAAGGAAAAGAUAUAUUACUGGCGCUCGAACGCAGUGUGUCUGAUGCGUGGGGCUACAAUCCUUUCAAGGGACCUUAUGUCUUACAAGUUUCAGGUCUGCGAGUUACAUACAAUAUAUCUCUACCGGAGGGCCAAAGAGUCACUUCAGUGUUUGUUGGCAACAAUAAAUCAGAUGUAUCAUUAGAUCCUGAAGUAUACUAUCACUUGAUCGUACCAGCUUAUUUAGCUGAUGGUGGCGAUGGAUUUACGAUGUUCAAAAAUAGAAGAAACGUAAAAGUGAUCGGGAAAGAUCAGGCAGCUAUUGAAAAUUAUAUCAGAAAGCAUUCCCCGUUAGACGUGUCUACAGACGGAAGGAUUGUAAUAGAUGUA